AUGGACGAAGAUGACAUUCGGGAGGCGGAGGAAGCGAGGAAAAUUGAAACCUCAAACGAAUUUGCCGGGUUUGGCUCUACGGAAGCAGAUGCCACCCGUCGAGGAGGGUUGAUGGACCUGCUCAAGACUAGUGGUGAAACGAUGGGGGUCAAGCUGCUGAAGAAGAUGGGCUGGAGAGAGGGCCAAGGAAUCGGUCCCAAAGUGCGACGAAAGGCAGACCUUGGAGAAGGUUUAGGCUCGAAGGGUCCCGAGGCCGACAAGACCUACCUUUUCGCCCCGGAAAAUCCGCCGAUGGUCGCCUUCAUACACAAAACAGAUCACAAGGGACUUGGGUUUGAGGGCGAAUCUCGCUUGGAGUCUCGCAAGGAGGGGGGCGAGGCAUCGGAGGACGAGGACCAGUUCUUCGGUCGACGGCUAAUAGGCCCGGGCAAAUCCAGGCCUCCGAAGGCCAAAGAACCUCGGCGGGGGGCGUUUGGCGUGGGCGUUUUGAAUGACACCGGGUCGGACGAUGAGGAUCCGUACUCGCUAGGGCCGCAAAUCUCCUACAACCGAACCAUCGGAGGCGACAAGAAAAAGAAAAAGAAGAGCUCGACAGACGUUGGCAAACCGUCGAUAUCGUCCUCGAAUCCUCUCUUCAACAACAAACCGGUCUUCAUAUCUAAGAAGACGAUUGCUGCAAAAAGCUCCGUCGGGUUUAGAAGAUGUCACGACGGGCGCCUGCCCCUGGACGGAUUUCUCCUGGCGGACGGCAUCUCGGGUCUCACCAUUUCGUCCCAGGAAAAGAAAUACGCGCCUCCUGAAAUCCCCAAAGACUGGAAGUCGAGUAAGACCCCGUCAACAGAAAGGAACAAUACCAACUACGUUUCCACGGCCGAGGCAGCCAAGGCAUCUUCGCUCGAUCCCGUAUCCAGAGCUGCGCUCCUGGGCGAGGCCCAGCUGCCCGGGAAAUCCAUCUUCGAUUGGAUGACUCCCGAGGCUCGGGAGAGAAUUAUGAAGCUCACGGGGAAAACCGACCUACCGCCAGCUUUAGGCGAGAAGGCCCCCAAAGGAUUUGAACGGUCCGAUUCCCAGAAGCGCAAGGACAUGUGGGAUCUUGUCCCCAAGCUGGAGAAGCAGAUCGCCGUGCAGGCCUUGACCAGAGCAGCGAGUGGUUGGAUGCCAUACUCCGAUGACCCGGACAAACGCUCGCGAUAUCGCACGUUCCUUGAAGUGCGAGCCGAGCUUCGAGAUACGCUGCCCGAGCGGGUACCUGGCUCCACUACAGACGAGUGGGUUGCAGAGCUCCACGAGUUUUCGCGCGCAGCGGAGGUAUUUAAACCCAUGUCCGGCUUAAUGGCCUCGCGGUUCACGUCCGCUUCCUCAGGGCCAAAGGGGUCUUCGGAUGAGUCCGAUCCUUCUGCUACCAACUCGCCUCUCAGCAAACCGGCCGAGAAGCCUGAGGACCCAGCCGUAGCGGCUGCGAAGAUUGGGAUGUUUGGACCGAUGACGCGAAGCACCGUUUCGUUUUACCCCUCACGUCUCCUGUGUAAGCGGUUCAACGUGAAACCUCCGGACCAUGUGCAACUUGACCCGGCUACACAGCCGGGACGAGCGGAACCCACGUCGGGCGGACGCUUCGAGUCGGCUGGAUACCAGACCGAUUCUCGUCCGAAAGAAUUGGUCUCGCAGGAUGUGAUGAGCCAACUCAUGCUGGAGGCUGGCGGGUCUAGCAGCUCGGGCGCAGGAGUACCUGCAGAGGCCGAGAAACGCCAACCAGUGGUGAUGGAACCGGAGCGCAACGAAGCACUGGAGGCGGAGCGGCCUGGAGAGGCGGUCUUCAAGGCGAUAUUUGGCAGUGACGACGAAGAUGAAGAGGAUUGA